UUAACAUCUCACCUGAGACUAUACUCAACCAACAAGAAUGGCUUCCUCAGUUCUUCAGAUGAUGAUGGCCAUAGGACUGCUUGUUUUGAUUCUUCCCUGUCAUGCUGAUGAUGAGCCAAAAAUUUCUGACCCAAAAGUAGGUAUAGAACUCCCAACAUUCUUAAAUUCCCUGGGCACUGGAAUCCUUGAAUCUGCAGUGGAAUACCUUCUCUCCUCAAUGGCCCGGAAAUCUGGAUUUUCUGAAUUGGAAGAUAAACCAGAAACAGCUUCAUAAAAAUGACUGGAUGCCAGACCAGGCUACUCCUUCUUCUCAGCUUUCCCAGCUGCCCAACCCAGAGACCCUGAGCUGUUGUAAUUGCUUUGUAUAUCAAUAGUUCCUGUCUAGCUCAGCCUAGGGAAAUUUUGUAUAAAUAGUCACUCUUCACUUCCUGGAAAACAAAAUAAAGUCCAUAAAUCAUGA